AUGUACGGACACAUCCGAGGCCUGCUGCCUCUUGCCACAAAGUAUCAUCAUUUGCCACUCAAGCAUGCUCUCAAUGACGUCGCCAAACAAUAUUGCAAACAACACGAGCCGGAUUUAUGCAGCGAUGAGGAGAGGUUUCGCUGGCGCACGCCAGGCUAUGAGACUGAGGGUUAUGGAGACGACUCGGAGAACUCGGUCAGUUCGGAGGAUCCGGAUCACCUUUGCCAAACAGUAUGCUUGACCGCUGUGAACACAGGUCAAAUAGACGAAGCGUAUCUUUUGCGCACGUACACUCACCGCUACGACCCAGAGAUCUGCCCUCCUUGGGUCACUACAUACAACGAAGAUACUCUCGACCUUUACACGUGGCAGGUCGGUCGAGCGACUACCGCUACGCCUCUUCUGUUUGAGUUGUUAGUAGUUACUGGCCCUCAGGGUAAUCUGGCCAUGAAAGAUGGUGGAAUUCGGGAGAACAACCCUAGUUAUUGUGCUUUUUCCGAAGCUGCCUCGUUUUGGGGUGAUGACACCAAUCCCAGCAUCCUAUUGUCUAUUGGUGCUGGCUACACCAAAUCAACUUCCGAUGACUUCUCCGACUCGGGGAUGAUGCCGUCCGGUCUGUCUAGCCUGAACAAAUACGCGGACAGAUUAGCGGUGUUCAAAAACAUACUCGUUAAAUAUUCGGGAGGCCAAGACCGGCACAAAAUGAUGCGCACUAUUGCUAGAGGCGGGACUUCAUGGUAUAAACGCUUCGAAGUCACAGACGGCUUGGAGAAGAUGAGAGCGGAUCAGUGGGAACGCGGAAAAUCCAGCUCAGCAGGCAAGAUCAAGGCUGUUCCAGGUGGAAAAACCUUGAACACUAUACGCACGGCUACCGAAGCGUAUCUGAAUCGCCAAGAGCCUGACAAGAGUGUUAACGAAUAUGCUGCCCCACGUAAAAUGCUGAAGCAUACCGCGGAAAAGUUGGUUCGCAUGCGGAGAGCGCGAGAGCUCGAGGCCAUGACUCAGGGUGGGGAAAAGCGCGAGUAUUGGGAGGCGUUCAUGGGCAAGCACCUUAUUGGUGAGCGGGAUUUCUUCCGAAAGUACCAAGAGGAGUGGGACUACGCCCUGCUAGGUCGUAAGAAUUAG